AUUUCGGUGUACCGAGCAGCGGAGAAGAGGGUCUUGGCUGCGUGCGCAUCCUUCGCGACACAGUUACCGAGCUUCCUUCUUUCGAAAGGCCCCCUUCGAGCUCCAUCAGCCGAUAUCCAACGUUAUAGAUGUUACUAAUUUUGCCUACUGACCCGUGCUUAGUUCCUCAAUAGUUACCAUUUUGACUCUCCCUUUUGUUUGUUUAUAUUUCCUGCUAGAUCCAAAGCUGAUCUUUUUUCUUCCUUGUUUUCUGUCUCCUCAUAAAUGGGAACUGAAUCUAGGUAACCACCUUGAAAGCCGUGCAUUGAUAUUUCCUUUACAGAUGAAGUGUGUCCUCAUUUCCAGCGAGGGUGCUGAAGUCCUCUUCUACUGGGCGGAUCCAGACUUUAUGACAAUCUUACACCAGCGUUUUCAGAGCCAGGAUCAGAAUGGUGAUGAGAUCCCUUCUGUGGAAGACAGCAUCAACACGUUGUUUGCCCCCAUGAUCAUCUCCUGUGCAACUAUGCUAGAAAAGUUAGGAGACACAUACACUUGCUUCUCUGCUGAAAAUGGCAAACAUCUCUAUGUGCUGCAUAUGUUUGGUGAAUGCCUGUACAUUGCAGUGAAUGGAGAUGGCUGUGAGAGUGAGGAUGACCUGCGCCGUCAGCUCUAUGUGCUCAGAAGACUGACUGAGGCUCACUUUGGCCUAGUCACACUGGACAGCCACCUCUUCCACCGGGAACUUCGCCCAGUAGAAUCUGAACAACGGGCUCACAUCUGGGCGCUUUUUCAGAGCCUGCUGCAGACUUAUAACCAGCUGCGUAAGGAAGACCAGAGCUUUGCUAUAGAGGCUGUAGAGCGGCUGAUCCACCCACAGCUGUGUGAACAGUGUAUUGAGUUUUUGGAGCAUCAAGUUGUACAGUACAUCAAUAGCAACACUGAGCGUGCUGGACAUGAAGUAGUGCAUGCCUUCCUGCUCAUACACACCAAACUACUUGCCUUUUACUCCAGCCGUAAUGCCAGCUCUCUGCGACCAGCUGACUUGCUCACUCUCCUCCUGAUUGUGCAGGAUCUAUAUCCCAGCACUUCUAAGGGCCAGCCUGUUCCUGAAGUGCUUGCCCAGCCUGUAGAGGGAGAACUAAGUCUUCAGAGACCGCAAAGCAGUGAGAGUAUUCCAGUGAACAGCCCCUUUCACCCCAGCACUUCUCAAGAACAGAUAGCAGAUGAUCUCUCUAUGCCUGAAGAGUUCUUCACCCCCAAGGCUUCCCCUAGCCAACAGAGUACAGGAAGUUCCUGGACUGAGGGUGUAGACUCACAGAGUGAGGGAGAGGUAAACUCUGCUGAUUUCCUGGUGGCUGAGGAUUUGCUGCAUAGUUUAAUACCCCCAGCCCCAGAAGCUACAAAUCCACGGAGAAUAUUUCUGGAUGCCAACUUGAAAGAAGGCUACUGUCCCAUGAUGCCCCACACAAUGCACUGCCUUUCACUCUGGCCAGGCAUCUUGCUCGUGCUCCUCACUAAGAGCCCCAGUUCCCAGGCGGCCCUUUCUCUCUACCAACUGCUGGAUGGGCUCCUGAUGAUGGAGAAGAAAUUGAAAGAGGGUCAGGAGACCCGGCAACCUCUGCGUUCUCAGCCAUUAUUUUUGGAGCUUCGACAUCGAAUGGACAAAUUUGUCAAGAAGCUGGGUGGGCAAGAGUCACAGUUGCAGAAUAUCUGGCAGGAUUUAAAGAACAAAGUUUCCUCUCGAAGUGAGCCUGGAAGUUCCUUGGAACUUUUGCAGGCUUUUUGCAAUGUCCGGCGGCAGCUCUGUGCUGUAUAUCGGCUCCUCUUCCUUGGAUCCUCAGGGGCCCAAGGCCUACCCCAGAACUUGCUGGACCGGGUGCAGCAAUUAACACAGGACAAGCUCCAAGACUGGAAAGACUUCUUAUUGGUGAAGAGCAAGCGUAAUGUCACCAUGGUGUCAUACUUGGAAAAUUUCCCAGGACUUGUACAUUUCAUCUAUGUGGAUCGCACAGUGGGACAGAUGGUGGCUCCAUCUCUUGGCACAUCAGAGGAAUCUACUUCAGAGUUAGGCAAAGGACCUCUGCUUGACUUUAUUAAGAAGAAGGUAUGGUCACUGGUGGCUUUGGCUCGAAGCUACUUGCAGAAGGGCUACACUACACUGAUGGUCCGGGAUGGAGACUACUAUUGCACCUACUUCCUCUGGUUUGAGAAUGAGCUGGGAUACAAGCUGGAGGUUAUGGAAGUGCCAGUGCUUUCUGAUGAUUCAGUUCCCAUUGGGACACUGGCAGGUGAUUAUUACAGGAAAUUGCUCCGUUACUUUGGCAGGAAACAUGCCAAUGAAGUGGUGAAGUGCUAUGAACUGUUGACCAUCCAUCUGGGCAUCAUGCCAAAUGAACUUGUGAUCCAGCAGGCACGCAGCUUGGCCCAGCAACUCUGGGAGCCAACACGCAUCCCCUUGCUUUAGGGACCUUGACUGGUGCUUGGUGUAAUUUGGCUGUUUACUUCUUUCUGGACAACAUGGCAUCUCAGGUCCCUGCUGAUUUUACCUCAGUGGGACAGGUCUAGCUUGGACAGUAUUUUUACCUGACCUGCAUUGGAUUUUCAGAGCUAGGAGGUCAACUUGUUCAUUCGUCUUCCCUCACAACAUCGAAAAGUUCCAUCCCAAAACUUGUCGUGGAUACCAAAAGCGAUUCCUGUCAGGGCAUAGCUACUGACAUAGCAUUGGCCCUUGGUGUGAGAUUGGAUUGGAGAACUUGUGAUACAGGACUUCCUUUCUUGUAACUGUGCAUCAGAACUUUGACUCAGAAGCCCAUUGGGCACAGCUUAUAAAUGUACGUGUUAAGUGCAGUGCCUAGUUUUGUUAGGCACUUCAUUAUCAUUAAAUAUUUAUCCUAAACAUAAGAAAUAUAAUAUACAAUAAUUUAGAGCAGAAAAGGUAACCUUUUUAGGCUUCUUACAAAAUAUGGAACAGUGUUUCUCAGCCCUGGAAACUUUAAGAUGUAUGGACUUUGACUCCCAGAAUUCCCCAGCCAGCAUGCUGGCUGGGGAAUUCUGGGAAUUGAAGUCCACACAUUUUAAAGUUGCUAAGGUUGAGAAAUACUGAUACAGAAGGUAAACUAAGAGAGUGCCUUCCACCACCCUGUCAAGAUCCCAGGUCUCACUCUCUUAUCACUCCAAUUUACUUCCUUCUUUUUAAAAUCUUCUUUGUAAGAGUAUACCCAGCCAAUGAAAGUCCUAGACUGCAA